AUGACACAGCGUAACAGGCUCCGGGGGAAACGAGGCGGCACUAGGAACAGGUUGAGGCUACAAGCACACCGACCACCACUGCCUAGCAUCCUGCUCGCGAACAUCCAGUCCCUGGACAACAAGCUGGAUGAGCUCAGAGCCAGGAUCAGGUACCAGAGGGACACAAGAGAUUGCAACAUCAUCUGCCUGACGGAGACAUGGCUGACCCCCACCUUACUGGACCAUGCCAUUCAACCAGUGGAGUUCUUCACAGUUCAUCGUAUGGACAGAAUGGCUGAGUCGGGGACGUCUAGAGGCGGGGGAGUCUGUCUCAUGACCAACAACAACUGGUGCAGAGAUGUUGUGUGUCUUUCUAAGUCCUGCUCGCCCAACCUAGAACUUUUAACCAUCAAAUGCUGGCCUUUCUACCUCCCCCAGGAAUUCACCUCCGUUAUUCUCAGUGCUGUCUACAUUCACCCGCAGGCGGACACGGACGCUGCAUUAGCCGAGCUACAUGAGGCUAUCUCCAGCUACCAGGCUAACCACCGGGAGGCAGCCCUCAUCGUGGCCGGGGAUUUUAACAGUGCCAACCUGAGGAAGGCGAUGCCAGAACUCCGCCAGCACAUCGCCUUCCCCACCAGAGGAGACAGAACUCUGGACCACUGUUAUUCUCCCUUCAGAGACGGCUAUGCAGCCAAAACACAACCACCAUUCGGCAGGUCAGACCACGACUCCAUUCUCCUUCUGCCCAGGUACAAGCAGCGGCUGAAGCGGGCAGCCCUGUUGGAGAGAGAAGUGUCGCGCUGGUCUGACCCUGCAGAGGCCGCCCUGCAGGAUACCUUGGAGACAGCAGACUGGAACAUGUUCCAACACAGCUCCGUGGAGGACACUAUCCCCAAAAGAAAAAUCAAGGAGUUUCCCAAUCAGAAGCCAUGGAUGAACAAAGGCAUCCCCGACGCUCUGAAGUCCUGCACCGCCGCCUACAACACAGGACUCGCUACCAGAGACAUGGGACUGUACCGGGCCGCUACGUACAGUGUUCGCAGAGCCAUGAGGGAGGCCAAGCAGAGGUACGGGGAGAAGCUGGAGUCACAGCCGCAGCGGAGGGACAUCAGGGGACUGUGGCAGGGACUACGAACAGUGAUGGACUACAAAGCAACACUGAUGCCCAUGAUUGGCCAUCUGAUCUUAUCCACCCACUCACGAUCAGUGGGACAAAGGUGGAGUGAGUGGAGAGCUUCAAGUACCUGGGUGUCAACAUCACGCAGGACCUGACGUGGUCCUGUCACAUCAGCACCCUGGUGAUGAAAGCUCGACAGCGUCUCUACCUCCUCCGACGCCUGAGGGACUUUAAGCUCCCUCUCAUGGUGCUCAGGAGCUUCUACAUCUGCACCAUUGAGAGUGUUUUGGCUGGGAGUAUCACCACCUGGAUGGGCAGCAGCACCCAGCAGGACUUCUUGGCCCU